AUGCCCUCCACCCCACAGCUCGUCUGGGCAUGUAUCCCCUGUACCAGGUUUUUUGGAAGCAAGCGGAAUGCUGAUGAUCACCGCUGUCCAGAUCAGGGCGAGGACCGGUACUUCUGCCUUCAAAUUGAAGGCCCGAAGUACUGCAACGAGUCCACCUGGUAUGAAAAGCAGAUGCGUCGUCACUGGGCGCAAUACCAUGGGAUCACGUUGGUUCAAAGGGGCGAACACUGGGACUUUCGAGAGUCUGCCAGUAUUCUGCAAAUGCGGGAGGAGAGGAUUGACAGAAUUGACAAGCAGGAUCCUUGCUAUGCUCACUUCAGGUCUGCGAGUACAAAAACCAGACCUGUUGAAGGCAGUGACACUUUGCACACCGACGUUCCUAUGAGCAGCGAGGAGACCUCAGAUACAAGUGGUCAACCAGGUGUUGGUCUGGUAAACAACGCAGCUAUUACUGACGUUAAUGUCGGUGCAUCAGAUAUCGAAGAUAUCUCGAUGAUCUCCCAGUGUCUCUCGUCACACGGAAACUUCCAACGUUCUGGAAAUGUGCCUUUCACGAACGAAGAAUUUGCUCUUGAUGGCACGGCUUACUUCAGCAUUGCCUCUACCGGCAGCAAUGACCACAGCCAGUCCGCGGGCCGGGUACCCUUGCAAACUUUGCAACACCGCGACUACGAGUCGAACAAUCAACCGCUCGACGAGCCCUUCGACCUUGCCCGAGCUAACGAGCAACACCCCGGCACCUUCGACAUCCUCGACUACAUGAGGCUUCCAUUCACAGACUACUUCAACGGCGUGGUCGAUCAUCUGGAGUCGGCCGAAGAUACAUGA